CCUGGCUCCAGGACAGGGCGGAAGGCAGGAUAGACGGAGCAACGAGUCCCGCUGCCGCCGCGAUGUUGCAGCAUAGAGUCUCCUGGCUGCCUGGCCUACAGGCCGCCCCGAUUCAGCCGGAGGGCGUGGACCGGGCGGAGCCCUGCAAGGCGAGAAGGGACAUAGCGCAUGCGCGCGGCAGGGAGGGCGUCUCCAGGAGGGAGCGGCCUCUGCUCAGCGCGAGACGGUGGGGCGCCCAGUGGGACAGUGCUGGUGCGGAGCCUGCUUCCGGACUCCAGGUACCGCGCUUGGCGGCAGCUGGCCUCAGACUUCUGUCUUUUCAGCUGCAGUGAAGGCUUGGGGCUGCAGAAUUGCAACCUUGCCAAUGGACCUGAUCGGUUUUGGUUAUGCAGCCCUCGUGACAUUUGGAAGCAUUUUUGGAUAUAAGCGGAGAGGUGGUGUUCUGUCUUUGAUUGCUGGUCUUUUUGUUGGAUGUUUGGCUGGCUAUGGAGCUUACCGUGUCUCCAAUGACAAACGAGAUGUAAAAGUGUCACUGUUUACAGCUUUCUUCCUGGCUACCAUAAUGGGUGUGAGAUUUAAGAGGUCCAAGAAAAUAAUGCCUGCUGGUCUGGUUGCAGGUUUAAGCCUGAUGAUGAUCCUGAGACUUGUCUUGUUGCUGCUCUGAGCAUCUGGAGGAACAGAAAACUAAGUUCAUAUCAUCCUGCUGUAAUGGGCAGAGCACUUUUUUCGUAUUUAAAAGAUAAACUUCAAUAUGGAAUGCUAGAAACACAAAUAGCACUGUCACCUCUAAUAUGAACAUUAGUUUGAGGUAGUUUUUUUCUAAAGCAAAAAUUUUAACUGUUUUCUAAUUGUCAAGCACUAUUUUCAUUAAAAGUGUCUAAUGAAUCAUGAUACACUCUUCCAUUUGUUGUGUCUAUUUUUUAUAUAUUUGAUAUUUUUUGAAAAUUCCAAAUACUCAUGUCUCAAGUAAGCUGAAACUACAACUUGUCACAUAAAGGAAUUCUUAAGUGGAGUUCACAGAAUGCUAAUGUAUCUAUUUGUCAUUUGUGUUAUAUUUGAAAUUAUUAGAAAUUAUGCUUUUUCCAUUUUAAUUGUAUUGCUGCCAGUGCUAUUUUUUUCUUUAAAAAAUUUUAUUCUUAGCACACUCUUAUGUCCUAACUGAAUGUAUUCAGUAUUCAAAUAAAAGACAUUUUGGUUCAAA